CUGACGUGGCACCCUACCUCCUUUUACGCACAGGUGUCUCCAUGUGGAGCAUCCCUUCUAACUGCACUUUCUCUCUCACCGCCUCUCCCUGAUAUUUCUCUUCUUCUCUUCGCUUGUUUUUGGGUGUCCAUUACAAAUACUCCACAAUUGCUAUUUUGGCUGUGUGGUUAUAUGCAACGGAAACUGAGUCUAGGGGUCUCCGCCGCCAGCGUUGGAUAUUUGUUAUGCUAAUGAGUUGAAUCGGUCGACUUUGACUACUGAGAUUUGUGAAGAUAUUUUGCAUCGCUCGCCGGUAAUUGCAUUUGUUCCCUCUCGAAUUUUGUCCUAACCUUUUCCGCUUUUCCCACAUCCAGGCUGGUCUUUGUUAUUCCGCAAUUUUGUUUUGGUAUUUUGAUUUUUCUAUGUGGCAGUUGUGAGAAAUUGGAUAGGAUUAUUCCAUGGUCAAGCUUCUGUUAAGUAUAUUUAGUUGCAUUUUCCGGAAGACAGCACCAUGUGGACUGAUGAGAAGCACAACUUAUUUCUUGAACAUUUGGAAGUCUCAUUUGUUAAGCAGCUGCACCAGUCUAUCAGUUUGCUUGAUCAGUGCUCAUAUCAGGACAAGGGAGACAAAAGCAUUACACAAAUAGAUCAAAUAAAUGCCCGUGACACUUCUAAGCAGUUGGCUGCUCGGCUGCAUGGAUGUUUGAAAAAGAUCAAGUGCAAUAGGGGUUAUCCUAUUUCCCAUGUUUCAAUUGAUUCCAUUGGUCAUAUUGAGAGUCCACGGGUAUAUCGUAGUAAGCGCAUCGGGAUGAAGCGUCCUGCUGCAUCAGCUCGUACACCAGGACAUUUAACGCUUUGUAAUGCAGAGAAUGUUGGGAAAGUUGUUAAACCUCAUGGAUCGGAUACUUGUUCACAUCAAUUUUGUGCCAGUACUACUAAUCACUGUGAUUCGCAUGACUCCGAGAAAGAGGGUACAGGUCAGAAUUUUGUCGAUGAAGACAACGAAUCAAACUCAGAUACUGAGUCUCGAGUGAAAAGAUUGAAGACUGUGUCACCGGAUUAGUCCAGAUUGAGUGACAGGGUCACUUCUAUUCUCUAGUUUCCGUUCUGUACAGAAGUAAUUCUUCGAUCUCUUCUUGAUCCAGCGACACAGAUUGCGACCCCAGAGAAAUGUCUCCAACAGAUGACAGCUCUAGUCUUGUAGGUUAACUAGCGUAUGAUGAAGGUCCUCAAGAACCUUUGAGAUCUUCAUCUGUCCUCCCAAAUUGAAGUUUGCUGCUUUUGAAAGAUGACAGCCACAACGAGAGUGGUUGCCAGCUAAUCUUUUGUUCUUUCUUGCCCAAGUGUAGGAGCCAGAUCCAGGUUUGUUUAUUUUUUUUUUGCAUAAUAUGAUAUCAUGUAUGUAAUCAUGGCGCGCUUACAUGUAUUCGUUUAUUUAAUUCUGGGAUGAGGUUUAGAUGUAAAAGUACAAUACUUGCAUCUUAUUAUUCAAAAUUUGUUUGUGAGUAA